GGCUAAAAGAUCCUUCUUUUCGUGUGAUUCAAAACCACUUUGCAAUUUCAGGAAAUCUAGGAGAGGUAGCAGCAAAGGAAGAAGUUUGGGAAGUGGUUGCUCAACUGGUUGGCCUUUCUUUAGGCAUAUUGAUUCUGGAUACACCUGGCCUUGUAAAAUCAUAUGGUGUAAUUUCGUUAACUUGGUUGAGUAUGCGACUACUGCAUCUUUGGCUAUGUUAUGAAUCACUUUCAGUUCUCCAGUUUAACACAAUAAAUAUAAAGCGUGCUCGCAUACUGGUAAAAUCACAUGUGUUACACUCCACUGUUCCAGGAUGCACCGAUAGCAACAGAGAAGUAAAUAUAUUAGCCUGGUCUCAAUUCAUGAAGCCAAAAAUAAUUUUUGGCUUGCCCUUGGAGAAAAUGGAUGGUGUGGAGAGAUCUUAUUUUAUGGUGGAGGCACUUAUAAAAUUAUAUGCAAGUGAGAAAUAUAUUCUUAUGGUGAAUCAACAGACAGAAGAUUUGAGAUUUUAUGUUUCUUUCAAGGUUGGAGCUACAAAUGUAUCGGUAUUGCGAAGUGUGUGGCAGAGUUUCUGGCUAAGUGAGAACUGGGAUAGUGAUGAUAAUGUUCGUGAUCAAAUUGCUACUAGCCUAAUGGAAUUGGAAGAAAAGUUUGAGGAUUUCAUUCAAAAGUUGAAAGAUGCAGAAUGGGAUACCCAGCAAUUCAAUUUGAAGGUUCCCAAAGAAAUCUUCAUUGAUGACAAUACCAAUUCUCUCUAAAUUCUAAAAUGGUGAAGCUGAGAAUGUUGGGUAGUGCAAAAUGAUAUGACCUCAUAAAAUGUGAUCUACCAAAUUGUAAAUUCUGUAAGCAGUUUUGCAAGCAUUCAGAGCAAGAUAUCUAUUUUCACGUGUAGAUAUUCAACAAAGGGAGACACAAAAUUUAUGGUGGCCAAUUGGCUUAUAGUCCUAACUCAUUAAUUACCAAAUAUGUGCUUUGAUACUGCUUUCUUACUUUCUUAGGGAGGAUCCUAUUGUAAAAAAAUUGUUCUCAAUUUUGUUUAAAGUCUUUCUUGUAUGUAAUUUUGUGGGGGGAAAUUUUUUCAUGCUUGGUAUUCAGGACUUUUGUGGGUGUACAAUUUGUUAAUCCUGCUAUCUGUAAUGUUAAAGCGGUUCAUUAUUCUGUCUUGAUCAUAAAAAUGUUCAUUUCUUUACCUUUUAAGAGAGACAUUAAUGCUGUUUUAAUCAAA